UUCUACCAAGAACGGAAAGCAGAUUUUGACAUGUAGCACCGCCAAUUCAACGUCCUUGAACGGGUUUGGUUUGAUCAUGUCCAUGGAGACAUGAUUAUCGCAGAUAAACUUCCUGCAAUAACAAGGUUGUAUGUGCACGAAACCCUGAGAGGCUUCUGAUCAGCUUAUUUAUAUAACUUACAAAUCAAGGUACAAUUCCAAAGAAAAAUGACGUCAAUGGGAAGCCGAGUAACUAUUUUAGCAACUAUCGUAUGCAUUUUCAUGUGUCUUGAGGCCGCACAAGCUCGUCAUCAUAUUCGCCGUGCUCCGACAGCGAACCCUCAUGAUUUUCUGAAGGUUCACAACAAUUUACGACGGAAAAUUGGCCUACCGCCCUUGGUGUGGGACGAAAACCUAGCAGCGGUUGCUAGGAUUUACACGAAACAGAGAGCGAGCAUGGACUGCAGGAUGGUACACUCAACGGGGCCUUACGGGGAGAACAUCUUCUGGGGCGGCGGGAAUCAGCCAUGGGGGGCGAGGUUUGCGGCGAAGUCGUGGUCACACGAGAAGUUGUUCUAUGAUUACCAGACGGAUAGUUGUAAAACCGGGCAGAUGUGUGGGCAUUAUACGCAAAUGGUGUGGAAGGACACGAAGCGUCUGGGUUGUGCACGAGAGGUUUGCAGAAAUGGAGCCGGGGAGCUCAUCAUAUGUAACUAUGAUCCGCCAGGAAAUUGGGUUGGAGAGAAACCCUAUUAGAAAUUAUGGGAUGUGCAUGCAUGAACUCGUAGCCACUUGGAAUUGGAUUAUUGUUUUGAUGAUUAAUUGAUCAUUACCAAUAGUCUAAUCACUUUAUUAGA